UCCUCAUUCUGACUAGGGACAACAGAGAGCAGGAUGCGGCCACUUUAUCCCUCACCGCUAAAGUUUUCGAUCCCAUAGUCCUAUCUUUACCUCGGGACAAUUUAGAUUUUUCUGCUAAGAGCCAAAUGUGAAGUCUGCUCUAAGAAACCUAGAGCCCAGGAAUCUUGCCAGAGCUCUGCAAAGAAGGCCAGAACCUUGCUGAAGGAAAACGAGAGGGAAAAAAGUUUUAAAAUUCUCCAUGAAGUAUACUAUGUUCUGCCAUUUAUUCCCAAGGCUACUGGAAGCAUUCCUCUCAGGAAAGGCAGAGUUGGCGGUGAGAAGCCGGACCUGAGAAGACUCUGGGAGGACAGAUUAGUUCAUUUUUUGAAUUCCCUAUGUGAGGACAGUCUUCAAGCCCAGCAAGGCUUUGAGACGCCCUGAAGAUGAGCGCUAAUGGCAGCACAAUGCGCCAGCUUCUCUGGCAGGACCCAGUGUGCAGUGGCUGGAAGCAGGAUCUGGAAGGGGCUGUGUACCAUCUGGCCAACUGCUUCUUGCUCCUGGGCUUCAUGGGGGGCAGUGGGGUGUAUGGAUGCUUCUACCUCUUUGGCUUCCUGGGCACAGGCUAUGUGUGCUGCGUGAUGUGGGGCUGGUUUGAUGCCUGCGGCCUGGACAUCAUCCUCUGGAGCUUCCUGCUGGCAAUGGCCUGCCUGUUCCAGCUGGCACACCUGGUCUACCGCCUGCGUAAAAACACCCUCCCCGAGGAGUUCGAUCUCCUCUACAAGACGCUGUGCCUACCCUUGCAGGUGCCUCUGCAGGUGUACAAGGAGAUUGUUCACUGCUGUGAGGAGCAGGUCUUCACUCUGGCCACUGAGCAGACUUACGCUGUGGAGGGUGAGACACCCAUCAACCGCUUGUCCCUGCUACUCUCUGGCCGGGUUCGUGUGAGCCAGGAUGGGCAAUUUCUGCACUACAUCUUUCCUUACCAGUUCAUGGACUCUCCUGAGUGGGAAUCGCUGCAGCCCUCCGAGGAGGGGGUGUUCCAGGUCACUCUGACUGCUGAGACUGCAUGUAGCUACAUCUCCUGGCCCCGGAAAAGUCUCCACCUUCUUUUGUCCAAAGAGCGAUACAUUUCCCGCCUCUUCUCAGCCCUGCUGGGCUAUGACAUCUCUGAGAAGCUCUACGCUCUCAACGAUAAGCUCUUUGCCAAGUUUGGGCUGCGUUUCGACAUCCGUCUCCCCAGCCUGUACCAUGUCCUGGGUCCUGCUGCUCCAGAUACAGGGCCAGAGUCUGAGAAGGAUGAUGAGGAAGUUCGUGAGUCAGCCAUGCCCACAUCUGCCCAGCAAACACCCCCUCGCUCUCCUCUUCCAGCUGCCAGUGGCCCUCCAGCACCUCCCUCCCGGGCCAGGAUGUCCAGGCCGGACAGCGGCGUCCUGGCUUCUAGAACUCCUCUCCACAGCUACUCUCAAGUUGUGUCCAGGGGACAGGCCCCCUUGGCUCCAACCCACACUCCUGAACUUUAAGGAUCAACAGGCUAUCUUUUUCUCUGGCCGCACUAAUCUUCACAGGAAGGUCACUUGAGUGCACACCGCGUCUCACCCCCUGGAAGGCUCACAGGCAAGGUCAGAGCAGACACAGAAGACGUCGCCCCGCUGCUAACAUCAAGGGCUCCAGGCGACUUGUGCAAAUUUACCCUCACCAGCCUUCCUUCCAGGAAAAGGCACCCAAAAGUGUGAAAGCACCGAUCCCAUCCUUCACUAACUGCAGAAUCUUGGGCAAGUUACAUAGGCUCUCUGAGCCUCAUCUGUAGAGUGGGGAUUCACAAAACCCAUCUCCCAGGGUUGUGGUGAGCACUGAAUGAGCUGACUUAGGUAGAGCCCCUCGGACAUGUACGUGGCGUGACACCUAGUAAGCACUCCAUAAAUCACUCAGUUUUUUUCCCUUGUUGUUUUUCUGAACUGUUAAAAGGGUCACUGAAGUCAGCUAGCCAAGAAGUUUUCAUGGUUUACUUGUUUGUUUUUCCAGUUAGAUUCAAUUUAUAGAAGUAGAAACUUUUAAAAACCUAGUUUUCCCUUAAGCUUUUAAGUUCAACUUACAAAUCUCUUGUUCUGUUUAGGACCCUAGUAUUAAACAAUAGUUUUCAGAGGGACUUUAAAAAACUUAGUUAAUUAAAUUUCCUUUCAUGGUUUUAAGUGGGUUUAUAAAUUUAAUAUAUUCUGUUUUACUUUUCCCCUAAAUACUUCAACAUAUAUUCUGGUUAUCUAUUGUCCUAUAACAUUCAUACCUAAAACAGUGACUUUUUUUAAUGAAUAUAAUUUAUUGUCAAAUUGGCUUAUGUACAAC